CAGUGGCGCUCGAAGCGGCAGAGGCAGAGCUCCUUAGAACCGUCCUUCUGUCGCUGCUCCGUCGGGACAAGGCACUCUCAGCCCAGGAAGCUUUGAGGGCUUCCCUCCAGGACCAUGCGCGGCUCCGAGCUCUCGCUCUUGGUGUUGGCUCUGGUCCUUUGCCAGGCGCCCCUGGGGCCAGCUGCCCCGGUGUCGACAGGCGCAGGUGGAGGCGCCGUCCUGGCCAAGAUGUAUCCUCGCGGCAGCCACUGGGCUGUGGGACAUUUAAUGGGGAAAAAGAGCACAGAUGAAUCCCCGUCCCUGCAUGUGGCUGACAGAGAUGGCCUGAAGGAGCAGCUGAGGGGACACAUCCGCUGGGAAGAAGCUGCAAAGAAUCUGCUGGGCCUCCUAGAAGCCGUGGGGAACAGAAGCCUCCAGCCACCUCAGCGGCAGCCUCUGGGCAGUCUCCAGCCUACUUGGGAUCCUGAGGAUGGCAGCUACUUUAAUGAUGUUCAAAAUGCUCAGUCUGUAGACUCUCUGCUCCAGGUUCUCAAGGGGAAGGAAGGAACUGCCAGCUGAAGGGAUGAUGACAAGGACGGCAUCCAAGGAGCAAAACAAAACCCCUCAGAGACUGCCUUCUGCAAACAUCGACUCCACUGGACCGCCAGCAAAAUUUCUUUUGUGCGAUAUACUUAACUGCUCUCGUUAUUAUCUUUCAACCGCAACUAAACUCACGAUUUUCGAGCAGCGCCUUCUGGUUCACCUGUUUCUGUGAAGCACUACCUAGAAAGAGCUUCGCAACGAACGCUUUUUCUAGCUAGGCUUUUCGCUGAUUGGAUUCAGAGCUCCAAUCUGCUACCAUUCACAAUAAAAAGCUUCUGUAAUCACGCUGUCCCAA